UGAUUCUUUCGUAAUUUCAGGGAGGAAUGAUGUAAAGAGAACCGGUUCCGUUAAAAUGCUGUCCAGACUCGGUGCCGAAUUCUUAGCCGUUGGGCGGAUUUCAGACCGGUACUUUAUCCGCCGUUGCGUUACUAAGAUCACCACCAACGAUGGGAUAAAGUCUCCAAAGCCCGAGUAUACCAGCAAGCGGUAUUCUGUCAAACGCGGCGAUUUUUCUUGCUUGGAAGACCGAGAUAUCGUGUUUUUCAAACACCUGCUUGACAAAAAUCGCGUCCUCACUGAUCCUUUCGAUCUCGAGAAGUACAACGUCGAUUGGCUGAAAACCGUCCGUGGAAAAUCAGCUUGUGUCCUCAAGCCACGAACAACGAAGGAGGUCUCUGAGAUUAUGCGAUACUGCAACGAAAAGAAGCUCGCUGUUGUGCCGCAAGGCGGAAACACGGGACUAGUUGGAGGAUCAGUUCCGGUCUUCGACGAAAUCGUGUUAUCGACUGAGCUCAUGACUCGUUUUCGCAUCUCGGAAAACAAUCCUGCGGUGGUUAUUGCGCAAGCGGGUUGUGUAUUGGAGAAGCUCGACACGGCUUUGAAUCAGCACAACCUGAUGGUGCCAUUGGAUCUGGGUGCCAAAGGGUCUUGUCAUAUCGGCGGAAACGUGUCCACCAACGCUGGAGGCGUCCGAGUGCUUCGCUACAGGAACUUACACGGAUCCGUGCUUGGUCUCGAAGCGGUUCUCGCGGAUGGCACCAUUUUCAACGGUCUUUCCACAAAUUUGAAGGACAACUCUGGUUACGAUCUCCGGCAUCUGUUCAUUGGUAGUGAAGGAACGUUGGGAGUGGUGACUCGCGUCGCGAUCUUGUGCUCGUUGCGUCCGAAAAGCGUGACUACGUGUUUGUUGGCCGUGCCGGACUUCGAAAGUUUGUUGAAAGUGUUUGUUGUUGCGAAACAACGCCUGGGAGAAAUCAUGUCUGCUUGUGAGUUCAUGGACUCUGACAGUGUCGCGUGUGCCAAGAGAAAUUUGGGAAUCGAGCCGCCGAUUCAAUCGCGGUUGUACGCUUUGCUGGAAACACAUGGCAUGGACUCCAACCACGAUGAGGAGAAGGUGGAUGGUUUUAUAAAUCAAGUGAUGAAGGAAGGUUUGAUUACUGACGGGAUUCUGACCAGCGAGCCUUCGAAAAUGAAGAAAUUGUGGGAAAUUAGAGAACGUUUAGCAGAAGCGUUGCGGAAGGAAGGCUACACGUACAAGUACGACGUGUCGCUGCCAUUUGCGAGUUUCUACAAAAUUGUGGAAGUUAUGCGGAAGCGGUUGCCGAAAACCGUCAUCACUUGUUGCGGUUACGGACACUUGGGUGACAACAAUCUCCACUUUAACGUGACGACCAAGGAAUUUGACCCGACAGUUCUCACGAGGAUUGAGCCAUUUCUGUACGAGUACACGAAACGUUGUUUUGGAUCCAUUAGUGCAGAGCAUGGAAUCGGCUUCAAGAAACGCAACUAUUUGUACUACUCGAAGAACCCUGCUUUUGUGCACAUGAUGGCAGAAACGAAACGUACUCUGGAUCCGAAUGGCAUUUUGAAUCCCUAUAAAGUUCUCCCGGAUUUUGAAGCUUGAGGCUUUGUCCAUUGAUAUUUGAAGCUGCGAUUUUCACUUCCGGUGCUGUUUGGGCAUCUUAAGUCUCGAGUCCUGUUGAUAAAGGCCUUUUAAUUUGUUAUUGUGAUGUUGUGCUUGAUUGUAGGUGUGCUGAAGAUGAUGACUGAAACAUGUUUGAAUUUUGAAA